AUGGCGACUUCGCUCCUGCUCGGCCUGUCCGCACUGUGCAUCUUCGUGCAGGCUGCGCGAGCUGGGGAACCCAACGCCACGGUCAAAGCCAAACCAGAGCCAGGACCCGUAGUUCCGUGCCUUGCCAUUCCAAUGUCUGGCUGGAGGUCUACAGAAGGAACCACUCACCUGCUGAGUUCGACAACGCUGUGGUCGCUGCCACAUGGCUCGAGGACGUGGAAGCACACGACGGUACCGGAGACUCUAAACAGUUCCUGGCGAGUGGUCUGUUCCAACCCGUUCUACGUAGUGCUCUCCAACGGCAGCCACGCCCUUGUACAUACCCUCGAAGGUUUCAAGUGGUACAACGUCACCAGCAGUCAUCACAAGAACUCGACGCAGGGCUCUUUCCUGAUCUGGUGCACCAACGACGAGGUCCAUUCCAUCAGCUUGAAGACCGGUACGAUACUGAGGUUCCUCAAAGAUGGACAACUGAACGCAAGUAACGCUUCAAAGUUGCCCGUUAUGCCGACCAAGAAAUCGCACACCCACACGUGGUACCAAGGGGAUCACGUUUACAUAGUUACGGACAAGUACCACAAUGGUACCACCUUAAAGAAUGACACGGUGCUCUGGAAGGCCUCGAGGUCGUCCUCCUACCAGAACUGGACAAGCGUGCUACGAUGGUCGCAGGGAAGUCCAGGCUAUCCAUCCUCCCUCAGCAAGUCUUACGCGUGGGCGGACAACAGCACGCUGUGGCUAUGGAGGGAACUCAAUUUCGAGUCUCAACUCUGGGCGUUCAACAUUACCUCAGGGGUAUGGCUCAACAAUAAAGUUCAUCACAGUAAUACACCGGGUCACCCCAUUCUCGCAUGGACAGAGCUGAGCAGUAUCCCCUGUCUGCUCUUCUCACAGCUGAACUGCAGCAGCAGCAACUUUUCUGCAGCAGCAGCUCAUUGCGUGAAGCUUGUGACCGCUUCGAAGGCUGAAACCUCCUCGACAAUUCGGCCUCCGACAACGUCCAUUCCCCCGAAGACAAAGACACCGACCACGGCGACGAGAGUGCCGCAUGCAAAUGCCACCUCAAGAACCGCAACGUCACCGCUUGCCAUCACGACGACAGUAACAACUCCGACUCGAAUCACUACGGGCCAAACGACCAGUGCAAUUCUCUCCUCCCCGUCCAACCAAGCAUUGCCAACAGCCAGCAGCAUCAGCAAGGACGAGAUCAACGAUUCCGCCUUUCCGGGUAUGGAUCCCGGGCACGCCAAGUGGCACCAAAGGAACUCCGGCAUCUUCGGCUCCAUCAUCUUCUUCGGGACGUCCAUCACCAUCUUCACCAUCGUCGGUGUCGUGUGGUGCAUCCGGCACUGUGUGCACUUCCCCAAGGAGGCCCUGCUCCUGAGGGACCCACCGUCAGUGAGGUACACUGCCAUUCCGGAUACCAUAGCCUGAACGACCGCAAGAGAGAAGCGCGGGUCUACGAUGCUACAAAGGUGUUGAACUCUGAGAGGGUUGGCCUCCCGAGAACGUUGAAAGCGAGUGAGAUGGCAGUUCUCUUUGUUGAAAGCAG